AGAGGCGGUCUUUACGCUAAAACAAACAGGCCCUAGAAGCUCCUCAAAACAAAUCCAAAACCCAACCCAAACGAGCCUUGGAGUGGAAGAAGAAGAAGGAUUUAUGAGAGAGAGGAGAGGCAGAUAGAUACGCAGCAAAGCAAGUUGCCAAUUCGCCAAUUCCGCAAGCAACGCCAAAGCAAGCUCUCACCGUCUCCACCACCACCACCACCACACCGCCUUCGCAACCGUCACCGCCGCCUCCUCCUCACCGCUUCACCGUUCGCGCCACCUCCGCUGCUGAAAUUCGGCCAAACUAGACCGCAACAGUGGAGAGUGUGGGAAAGGAGAAGAAGGAAAUGGAAUCUAACGAGUCCUCUUAUGUGUCCUCGCCGGAGGCUCCAGGGAAGAAAUCUCCUCCGCCGCCCAAAUCUCCCACUUCAGAUACCACGGAGAAGGCAGCAUAUAUUAGAUUUCUUGUGUCAAAUGCUGCAGCGGGUUCAGUGAUUGGGAAGGGUGGUGCCACAAUUACCGACUUCCAGUCUGAAUCGGGAGCAAGGAUUCAGUUAUCACGCAACUAUGAGUUUUUCCCAGGGACAUCUGAUAGAAUAAUUAUGAUUUCUGGAAACAUUGAUGAGAUUUUAAGGGCUGUGGAACUUGUUCUUAAUAAAUUGCUAAGUGAGCUUCAUACUGAAGAUGGUGGUGAUGCUGAACCACGAAUGAAACUGAGACUAAUUGUCCCAAAUGGCUCUUGUGGUAGCAUUAUUGGGAAAGGAGGAGCUAUCAUCAAGUCAUUCAUUGAAGACUCCCAAGCUGGCAUCAAGAUUUCCCCACUGGACCAUAACUUUUAUGGAUUGAAUGAUAGGCUGGUGACGUUAACUGGUACUUUGAAUGAGCAGAUGCGUGCAGUUGACCUCAUUUUGUCAAAGCUAGUCGAAGAUCCUCACUACUCACAGAGCAUGCAUACCCCAUUGUCGUACGCAGCAACUGCAGCGUACAAUGUGGUGAACUAUGCUGGGCAAAAUGGUGGCGGAGGAAAGUUCCAGAAUAACAAGGAGGAGCGAACCAACUCGGUAACAAUUGGUGUCGCUGAUGAGCACAUUGGCUUGGUUGUUGGUCGCGGUGGUAGGAACAUAUUGGAAAUCAGCCAGGUCAGCGGGGCAAAGAUAAAAAUAUCAGACAGAGGCGAUUUUAUGACCGGGACAAAUGACAGGUACGAAUUCCGACCAACUCUUUGUCUUGGCUCUCCUUCUCCUACUGCGCUAAUCGGUGCAACUCUGAAACUUACUUUCUGUCACGGUGUUACUGUGUUUGGCAGGAAAGUAACAAUCACAGGGACACAAAGGGCCAUCCGUGCAGCUGAGGGCAUGAUAACUCAGAAGGUGUCUUAUGCUUCGGAGAGAGUUGCCGAUCAGCUCUGAGUUUCGGGUGCUUCGAGCUCCAGUGUAGUUGGUGAUAGCGGAUUUUGUUCUGUUAAUCUCGUUAGUUCCUUGAUUUCGUUGGGACAGAAAGCUUUGCAAUUUCUUCUGUUGUUAUAAUUGGGUGACUUUGGAGUUUGGUUCACAUGCCUUACUUAGAGAUGAGUGGUGAAUGGAUUUGGGUCGGCAGAUCUCAGGCGCAUAUUUUAUUUGUUUUAGGGAGAGAGAGGGGCACGAAAGUUCUCCUGUAGGCGCGGUUGAUAGAUGAGUUCGUUGGAGCUAAGGAAGAGUUUGGAGUUUCUUGGGCCGGAGGUUGGAACUUGGAAGUAGCUUCAGAGACUGUAUGUUUAAGCAGGAGCUUAUUUGAUAUAGUUGCUAGAUUACAUUUGUCUACCUGCAUCUCUCUCUGCCAGUCUGCUGUUUGGGCCAAGCCCACCUGCAUAUCUCUCCCCAAGUUUGCUGCCUGGGCCAAGCCCAAAUCAAAGCCUGAAGAUGCCUUUCUAAUCUAUUCGGCAAUGGGUUACGGUAUUCGGUCAACCUUAUCGAUAACUGCUGGAGUUAUCUCCUUCCAUUUCGAUGCUGCAUGUUUUAUUUCGCACGUUCUUCGGCAGGCCUACUCGGUUCCUAGUGAGAUGGUAACGCGUGCUUAAAGAGUUACGGGUCUCCUGCAGCCUACAAGCAAGAGACUAUGGUCAACAGCUACACCUGCACUUCAUCUUUUACAGGCAUACGUUGCCCCCAUUUAUUGUGUACGGCAAGAAGGAUGGAACAUGGCGAACGAGUCAAAAUUUGCUUACCAGCACAAAUUAUUUAGGAGAGGUUUUUGGUCAUCUUUUCAUUAAUACUUGUCACUUGUCAUUGCUUCGUAUGAUUAUUUACAAUAA